CCCUACGAAGAUGACUGGGAGACAGUUCCUUCUCCUGUCCUGCCUCUCGGCUCUCGUGCUCCUAUGUAUGCCACGGGAGGGGACCGGAGCCACAGUGGGCAGCCGGCAGCCGGCCGGAGAAGAGGCCCAGGAAGAUUCGAAACAGAAGAUUUUCAUGCAAGAAUCAGAUGCCUCGAAUUUCCUCAAGAGACGCAGCAGACGGUCCCCCAAAUCCCGGGAUGAGGUGAAUGCGGAAAACAGGCAGAAGCUGAGGGCUGAUGAGCUACGGCGGGAAUAUUAUGAAGAACAAAGGAAUGAAUUUGAGAACUUUGUGGAAGAACAAAAGGAUGAGCAGGAAGAGAGGAGCCGCGAGGCCGUGGAGCAGUGGCGACAGUGGCACUAUGACGGGCUGUACCCUUCCUAUCUCUACAACCGCCACCACAUCUGACCUCACCCUGCAGCCCCCAAGGAGCAUGGAGUGGGCAGCACCCCAGCACCCCGUGGGCCAGCUCCUCUCCCCACACAAACAGGGCC